AUGCCCUUCAACCGUUUCGAAACCCCCAAUCGUCCCAGGCCGGCCCUGGAUGCCUUCCAGCCGGUCCUUCGCCUCCUGGCCGUCUCGAAUCGCGAGGUCGAGAGCAUUCUCGCCGAUGCUCUCGCCCGUUGCUUGGGGUAUCUUACCCCUGCGCAGUGGCAGAAACUUGGACUCGACAAGAAUCGCUGGCGAACCUUGAUCAUGGCGAUAGUGUACCUCUUGCGCGAGGACGGCGUGGCAGGUAGUGCGGGCCAGGGAUCCAGGUGCCGCACGAGGCUCGACGACCCACUGACGCUGCCCGACAAGGCGUCAGUCGGGCCGCAGAAAUACGAAGAGGAGCAAGAACUCUUCCGUCGCGUCUCGAGUGGCAAGGACGUCAUCGGGUUCGCGUUCGUGAGUACACGGGCGGUUUCGUUACCCGUGGACGGGUGCCAGACCUGACGCCGCCUGCCCUGCGCACACACUCCUUCUCCCUUUCGCUUCGCAGGCCUGGACUAGCGUCAUCCGGGCCACGAUGGAAACCAAGGAGAAGAGGCCAUCGAUUCCUCACUUCGUGCACGCGCCCGAAUGGUGGGACGACCGGGUCGUCAUGAUGAUUGUCGGUCUAUUUGGAUGGAAGGAUGCGAUUCCUUCGGUCCUUCGUUCGUUUGCCUCGGCAGGCUUUGGGUGCUUCGCCGCUAGCGACGACCAAGGCGACUAUGAACUCGAGGCGACGAAGGCUCGAUGCCGUGACCGCAACAUCAAACGCAUCGUUGAAGCGAUGCUCAUGAUGCCCCUUCUACAUGACCACACGACCCAUUCCGCCGCCACCGACCCAAAGUGGAGGGGAACCUUCGUGUCUACUACGACGAGUUGAAGAAGCACCUUCGCGAGGCUGUAGACUUUGAUGAAGUCUACCAAUGCGCCCGAAGACUCGUCGACGAGGGGCUACAGAUCAUCCGCCAACACCUCGACAAGAUCAUUUCUCCGACCGCUCGCAAACAGCUCACCAAUCGACACACUCUCGGCGAUCUCGUUGGGGGUCGUCUCAAGUUCUUGCCGACCCAUAUCCUCCUUCCAGCCCUUCACUCGCUCAAGAUCUUGAGUGGUUGCGCUCAGGGUAUUUCUCCGGUGAGUGGCCCCCGAGAUGUCCGGGUGGAAUCGCGACUGCGUCCGAGGUACCACCAGGCGAGCACUCUAUGCUGACCGAAUCUCGACACCCGUCCCUCGUUCCACAGGAUUUCGCCCCUGAUUUCAUCACGAUGUCGCUCCGACGUACGGCGAUUAUCCUCUGGAAAGGACCAAAAGUCGCGCAUGUUCUCGUCCAAUGGCUCGAUGGAGUCGUCGCCGGCACGCGGUUCCUAUUAGUACGUGGCCCCGCAUCUUUCUCCACAGAUGAUCGGGGGACUGCACGUUCGCAGAAUUCCAGUGUAGCGAUAUAA